AUGAGCCCGAGGCACGGUGAGGGUCCGGGCACUCCUUUCGGUUUGAUGGGAUUUUAUGACUUGCAAUUAGUUCUAUUGGCCGACUGGCCGACUGUCCAACUGUCCAAUAGUCUCCCUCCUGCCUCUCUGUCCCUCUUCCCCUUUAUCACCCCCCAACCCCUCCCACCUCUGCUCAUCUUUCAGGUCCUCCGAACGGGUCAUAUAUCAGACCGUGAAUGGACACAAUCAAGGCUGGACCCCGACUGCACCUGUCCACUAUCACAUUCAACAUGGCCUCUGUGA